AUAUCACUUGACAGGAAAUCCAUUUCUGGAGAUAUCGUUGUUCAACGGCGUGGAGCCUGACAUGGUGGUUGUACAGGCGACACCCGUGCCAGCCAUCAUUCCACAUCCGACUACUUCAACAAAUUUCUACGAUGAAGUCAUCUCUGAAGGAUUUGGCCUCCCUGGUUGUUUUGACGAAUGUGGUAGUGAUGGAGGGGGUCUCGUGUUUGCCUACAAUUCCUCCACAGUUCGCCUUUGGGCAAAUUCAUACGGAAAAAUUAUCAGCAUUUUAGGAUGGGGCUGGCCGUUUUCUGACUUCAACUCAACCUUGGUCCGUGUGCGUAUUCUGGCUUGGUAUUUCGAACCCGACCCACAAAAAUGUCUACAGAAUUCUACAUCAAAGACCAACUUAUAUUCAAACACAAAUAUUCAUACUCCAAGUUUCGAGAUUCUUGGUAGCGAUUUGUUCUUAGUGCUAGCAAAGGUAAGAAUACAAGAUGGUGAAAACAAAGGAUUUACCUUCUAUGGGAGCGGAUCAGUAGUUUUGUCAGGUAGACACGGAGGUGGGAUAGUGUUUGGGUACAAUGAACGCGGUGAGGUGUUCACAUGGCGUCGAUUGAACUCAACGGGUGAUUCUAUGUUAAAGAUGGAGUCCCCAUGGGGGGAUGGGCAGAGGAAUCAGAUUUUCAAGCAUGUCGAAGUAGAACUUACCGUAUUUCCUCUUAAUCGGACAACUUGUGGAAACCCUCUCUGUGAGGAGGGUAACAGCACAUUGGUAUUUCAGAACUUUACCACGGCAGUAUAUGAAUGCCGACCUGGGUAUGUGAACCAAAGUGGAGAUCUAGUGAAGUACUGUGAUGGCACCCCAGAAUGGAGAGGAGCUAAAAAUCAACCCGUAAAUUGCAUUAAAAUUAAAAGUUGUACUGAACCUCCAGAAGAAGAGGGACACGCUACUCUGCUUCAUUAUGCGGAUCACGUCAACGGUACAGCGGUGUAUGCGUGUGUCGGUAGUUUCUCGUUACGGGAGGGAAACUUAACUAAAACCUGUACAGAUGACCUUGAAUGGCAAGGGAUUCCAAUUUUGUGUACAGAAGAUGAUCAACAACUGUCUGUCUGAAUUAACUACUGAGUCGUCAGAAUCUGAAUUAACUACAACAGAGUCGUCUGCAUCUGAAUUCAGUAUAGAAGAGACGUCUGGAUCUGGAUUCAGUAUAGAAGAGACGUCUGGAUUAACCACAACAGAGUCGUCUGCAUCUGAAUUAAGUAUAACAGAGUCGUCUGGAUCUGGAGUAACUACAACAGAGUCGUCUGCAUCUGAAUUAAGUAUAACAGAGUCGUCUGGAUUAACUACAACAGAGUCGUCUGCAUCUGAAUUAAGUACAACAGAGUCGUCUGCAUCUGGAUUAAGUACAACAGAGUCGUCUGCAUCUGGAUUAACUACAACAGAGUCGUCUGCAUCUGGAUUAACUACAACAGAGUCGUCUGCAUCUGGAUUAAGUACAACAGAGUCGUCUGCAUCUGGAUUAACUACAACAGAGUCGUCUGCAUCUGAAUUAAGUACAAUAGAGUCGUCUGCAUCUGGAUUAAUUACAACAGAGUCGUCUGGAUCUGGAUUAACUACAACAGAGUCGUCUGCAUCUGAAUUAACUACAACAAAGUCUACAGCAGCAUCUAAAACAGAUGAAUCAUGGACAUCACAGUGUGUCGUGGAGGGCGCACAAAUAAAUUACUCGUGUAACGCUGCCCCAAAACAAAAAAUAAACAUUUUCAAAUCUUUGAUUUGUAAAUGUAAUCUGGGAUACCAUUUAGAAGCAGGAGACUUGACGAGAACUUGUAAAGAGGAGAAAAUUUUGAGCGGAAAGGAGCCCGUAUGUGUUG